GCUGAAGGGGUCGCAGCCCCCCCAGACGCCCCCAAAGCCCCCCUGUCCCCACAGAGGGGUCCCGGCCAUGGUGGUGCAGGACCCCCGGCCCAAGCCCAGCAUCUCCAUCAACAACCUGAACGAGGAGAUCAAGAAGGACGAUUUUGGACGUUUUGGUGUGGCGCAGUCUCCGCGUGCGGGGCCAGGCCUUCGUCACCUCCAAGGAGAUGAGCAGCGGCACCAACGCCCUGCGCUCCAUGCAGGGCUUCCCCUUCUACGGCCAACCCGUGCCCAAAGCUUCCCCUGCUAUGACAAGCCCAUGGUGAGAGAGAAAUGCUGGGGGAAAAUCCUGGAAUUCUGGGAAAAAGUCCUGAGGAAAAGAACCAUAUCCAACCAGGAAUCCCCCAAAAAUCCCAUCAGGAACCCCUGAAAUCGAAUUGGGAGCACCCCCAAAAUCCAACCAGGAACCCCCAAAGCUUCCCCUUCUAUGACAAGCCCAUGGUGAAAGAGAAAUCUGUGGAGAAAUCCUGGAAUUUUUUUUUUUUUUAAUUAUUGAAAUUCUGGGAAAAACCCCAAAAUCUUGGGGAAAAACCCCAAAUCCAGCCUCAAGUAUCCCUAAAAUCCACCCUACAACCCCCCAAAGCUUCCCCUUCUGGGACAAAUCCACAAUGAGUGCAGAAUCCUGGGGAAAAUACCCAAAUUUGGGGAAAAAUCGUGAAACUGGGGGAAAAAAGCCCAAAAUUCAUUUGGGAACCCACCCAAAACCCCGUGGGAAAUACCCAACCCUGAAAUCCGGGGAAGAAAUGGAAAUCCAGCCAGAAAUCCACCCCCAAUUCCCUGGGAACGACCCCAAGUCCCUGUUGGGACCUCCCCAGUUGCUCUGAAUUCUCCCAAAAUCCUUCUGAAAUUCCCUAAAUUCCUUCUAGGACUUUCCAAAAUCCCUCAAAAACUACUCUAAUUGCUGUUGGAACUGCCCCAAAUCCGAUCUGGAGCCUCCCCAAAUCCCUCAGAACCCCUGAAAAUCUCUCAGAAAACCCCAAAAUCCCUCUUGGAACUGCCCCAAAUCCCAGAGAAUUCCCCCAAAGCCCUCAGAAAGCCCCAAAUCCUGCCCAGAUCCCCUCUGAAUUCCCCCAAACCCCUCAGAAAGCCCCAAAUCCCCUCUAGGACCUCGCCCAGAUCCCCCCAAAAUCCUCGGGAACGACCCCAAAACCCCCUGAGCCGCCCCCAAAUCCCCCUGGACUGAUCCCAAAUCCCCUCUGGAAGCAGCCCACAGUCCCCUGGCACCGGCCCAAAUCCCCUGUGGAACCUCCCCGAAUCCCUUGGGCAGCCCCAAAUCCCCGAGAAGCCCUGGGCAGCCCUGGGCAAAGCCCCAGGUGCCUGUGGGCAGUGCCCGCAGUCCCUGCUGGAGAUGCCCCGGGUGCC